CCGUCCUUGUAUAUGUGUUGACUCUCAAUCGAAAGCCAUCUUUAAUGUAUGUAUAUGGGAAACGAUAGGAAUAGGGAAGAAGUCAUUAGAUUACAUAUUUAAGUGUUUCUCGUGAGUUUCAAUGUGUAUGCCUUUACAUCAUGGAUUUUGCCUUGGAGAAUGCACAGCAAUUUUGGCGACAGCAAUCAUUAAUCGAUGCGGUAAAAAAUCGUGAACGAAGGUAUCAACAAGGGAGAGGGGCAUGCAAUAUAUUUAUACUAGACACGUCCUCUAAUGUGGGAGAAGAAGGGUUCAUUCAAAUGAAGGAGACAUUUUGCACCAUCAUGGAUGAAUAUGCGAAAUCAAGGAUGGAUGAAAAUGUAGCUGUGGUGAUUUGCGGUAGAACAACGACAUUUAAGCAUCACUACUCCAAUAAAUACAAUAGAUUGAAGUGCUGCAUCGAUGAUGUUGAAUAUGGCGGUCCCUGUCCUCUUACAGCAGCUUUUAUUUUAUCAGAAGGCGCUAUUCUUAACGGCGCAGGUUAUUCCAAAAUGAUGGGACAUUUUCAUAUACAUCCACGUCUCAUUGUUAUUUCUGCUGGUAGACCUACGGAUUUUACAUCCAUGAUUGAUACAGGCGACAGGUUUAUACGAAGAUCCGCUGAGGUGAGAGACCAUUUGCAUCAGACGGCACGAAAUAUCGGACGGGUUCAUCCAAUUUAUUGUAUUCCCGUUGGUCAUAAUCCAGACAUGGCGAAUUUAGAAUUUAUGUCUGCUCAUUCCAGAGGGGGAAAGAUUAUUCUUUCACAUCAGGCAAAACAGUUUGCAAAACUCACGGAAAAUAUGAAUGCUGCCGCAUUAAUUACAUUUUCAACAACUUUAGAUAACUUAGAUAAGAGGGCAAUUGAAGAUCUGAUGUCUCAAGUUAUGCCUGAAAGGGAGUUCACUAAAAUGGAUAAGGAAGAUAUAUUCGAUAUCUGUUCAUUAAAAUCGGUCUUUAUAUCAAUGGAUGAGAUCCAAGCAGAGAAUGACAAUCAUGAGAUGGAAAUGCAUGCCCCAAACCUGGAUCCGAAUAUGCCUCCAUUAGGAAGUAGGGUGAAAAGAGGUCCAGACUGGAUGUGGAAAAACCAAGAUCGGCAUGGCCCUGGUACAGUUAUAGCGCCUUCAAAAGAUGCUGGAUGGUUGAUAGUGCGCUGGGAUGCAGGCACCGCAGAUGGAUACAGAUAUGGAACAAAUACUGUUCUGAAGGAUAAAUAUGAUGUUGUUGUUUGCACAGAACCACGGAUUCUAAAUAAUGAGCUUAUUGCUGUCGGAUGUUUGGUACAAAGAGGCUGGUAUUCCGACGAUCAAGAUGGUGGAAUCGGAAAAAUUGGUGCAGUGUAUAAAGUAAAUCCAAAUGGAGUUGUUCAAGUUAACUGGUCCAACGGCAGUAGAGGCAGCUAUAAAUACGGAGCAGAGGGGGAGUUUGAAUUAACUUUAUGUGACCCUUUCUCACUGGAGGUACGCAGAUAUUUACAAGAACAAAGAACAUGUGCUGCCUCUAAACUUCCGAAUACAUUGCAGUACGUUUAUUGCAAUUCUUCCUCUGAAGCUCAGAAUUCAGUAAGUACGAAAAACAGAGGAAGACUGAAGACUAAGAAAAGGCUUGCGAAGUUCUGUUACUUAAAACACCAAAAGGCAAAUAUUUUAAGAAUGACUCGAUGGAUGAAUCAGAUAUAGAUGCAGAUUGUCCCAAUGACGAAGCACUGUCCGAUGAUUGUGAUCACUGGUUAUGGAAAGAUCAAGAUGGAAACUGGAAUCAUUAUCCCAGGAAAAUUAAUGAUAAAAUUAUGAAAUGUUACAAAAGAAAUCCUAAGUCCACAGUUGUGAUCUCACUUAAAGGACAUUUAUACAGAGUGCUUUUAGAGAGGAA